AUGGCGCUGCUGCGGCCCCAUAGCGGGCCCCACACCUUCCUCCUCUCCCUCUACGACGGCGCCGGGCGGCGACAACUGGGGCUGCACUUGGGGGGCGCCCCACUUUUGGUGUACGAGGAAAAAGGGGGCUGGGGGGGAAGGGACGACCCCCCCCAAAUUUUACCCCUUCUCCAGCCCCACGGAGACCCCGUUUUCCGCCGCUUCCGACUCGCCGACGGCAAAUGGCAUCACGUGGCCUGGAGCAUCCGGGGCCGCUCGGUCACCCUGGUUGUGGAUUGCGUCCAUCGGGACACGCGGAUCCUGCCCCAUAGCGUCGGCGCCUCCAUUGACUCCCAUGGGGUCACCGUGUUCGGGACCCACAGCCCGGGGGAGGAGGGCUUCCAGGGGGACAUCCAACAACUGCUCAUCUCCGAUGACCCCCAAGCGGCCUUCGACUACUGCGAGCUCUAUGGGCCCCACUGCGACCCACAGGGCCAGGAACGAGGGCGGCAGCGCCGGGAGGCCAGCAAGCCGAAGCCCCACGGGCUGAUGAGCCCAGCCAAUGGGAAGGGGAAAUCCCUUGGGAAGCGCCCCGGGAACGGGGGGCACAAGACCAUGGGGCUGAGGUUCCCCUCCAGGGCUCAAGGCAACAGCUACCAGCAGGCUGUGCUCGGCGUCAGGGGCUACAAGGGUGAGAAGGGGGAACCCGCUGUCCUCGAGCCGGGAAUGUUGGUGGAAGGCCCCCCCGGACCGGAGGGACCAGCGGGAAUGUCGGGACCCCCGGGCACACAGGGACCACCGGGAGCACCGGGAGAGCCGGGAGAGAGGGGCCCCCCCGGCCGUGCCGGCCUCCCCGGCUCCGACGGGACCCCCGGGCCCCCCGGCACCUCCAUGAUGCUCCCGUUCCGCUUUGGUGGUGGCACUGGGGAUAAGGGGCCGGUGGUGGCGGCGCAGGAGGCCCAAGCUCAGGCCAUCCUACAGCAAGCAAGGUUGGCUCUCCGGGGUCCCCCCGGCCCUAUGGGAUUCACCGGCCGGCCCGGCCCCAUGGGCCAACCGGGAAGCAACGGGAUCAAGGGGGAAUGCGGUGACUUCGGCCCCCAAGGACCACGAGGACCCCAAGGACUCAUGGGACCGCCUGGAAAGCCGGGAAGGAGGGGCCGGCCGGGAGCAGACGGAGCCAGGGGGAUGCCGGGGGAGCCGGGUGCCAAGGGUGACCGAGGCUUCGAUGGGCUCCCAGGACUGCCGGGGGACAAAGGGCAGCGGGGCGACCCCGGCACGCAGGGAACCCCGGGCCCCCCCGGUGAGGAUGGAGAUGGGGGCGACGACGGCGCUGUGGGUCCACGAGGCCUCCCUGGAGAAGCGGGACCCAGAGGGCUCCUUGGUCCCAAAGGCCCCCCCGGCAUCCCCGGCCCCCCGGGCGUCCGUGGCAUGGAUGGCCCCGUGGGGCCCAAAGGGAACGUGGGACCUCAAGGGGAACCAGGCCCCCCUGGGCAACAGGGAACACCGGGGACCCAGGGGCUGCCGGGACCCCAAGGUGCCACUGGGCCUCCUGGAGACAAGGGACCCCAAGGAAAACCGGGCUUGCCUGGGAUGCCCGGGUCCGACGGUGCCCCCGGCCACCCCGGCAAGGAGGGACCCCCAGGCUCCAAAGGGCACCAGGGUCCUUCAGGUCCUCAAGGUCCCAUUGGCUACCCGGGGUCACGUGGUGUCAAGGGGGCAGACGGCAUCCGAGGCCUCAAAGGACACAAGGGAGAGAAGGGCGAAGAAGGCUUCCCCGGCUUCAAAGGCGACAUGGGGGUCAAAGGAGACCGCGGGGAAGUCGGGGUUCCUGGAUCUAGGGGGGAAGACGGCCCUGAAGGCCCCAAAGGCCGCACGGGCCCCAUUGGCGACCCCGGCCCCAUAGGGCUUAGUGGGGAGAAGGGAAAACUGGGGGUUCCAGGCCUCCCCGGUUACCCAGGGCGACAAGGUGCAAAGGGAUCGCAGGGUUUCCCAGGCUUCCCAGGGAGCAACGGCGAGAAGGGGGCGCGGGGUCUAGCGGGGAAAUCGGGGCCAAGGGGGGAACGGGGCCCCACGGGGCCAAGGGGGCAGCGAGGACCACGAGGAGCCACAGGGAAGGCAGGGGCCAAGGGUACCUCCGGCAGCGAUGGGCCCCACGGCCCCAUAGGAGAGCGGGGCCUGCCAGGACCUCAAGGACCCAACGGCUUCCCUGGCCCCAAAGGGCCCCCUGGCCCCCCCGGCAAGGACGGGCUCCCCGGGCACCCAGGACAGCGAGGGGAAGGGGGAUUCCAAGGGAAAACCGGGCCCCCGGGACCCCCGGGCGUCGUCGGCCCCCAGGGCUCCGCCGGCGAAUCCGGCCCUAUGGGAGAGCGCGGUCAUCCCGGUCCUCCCGGUCCCCCCGGCGAGCAGGGGCUUCCGGGGCCCUCCGGCAAGGACGGCCCCAAGGGAGAUCCCGGCCCCACCGGGCCCCCCGGCAAGGAUGGACCCGCGGGAUUGAGGGGGUUCCCUGGCGAGCGCGGCCUGCCCGGCACGGCGGGCGGCCCAGGGCUGAAGGGGAACGAGGGACCCACCGGCCCCCCAGGACCUGCUGGCUCUCCAGGGGAGCGGGGGGCUCCAGGACAAGGGGGUCCCGUUGGCCCCCCAGGGAGACCCGGACCCCAGGGACCCCCAGGUCCAGCCGGAGAGAAGGGAAUUGCGGGGGACAAGGGCUCCGUGGGUCCUGCUGGCCGCGAUGGGGUGCAGGGACCUGUGGGGCUCCCAGGUCCCGCCGGGCCCCCCGGUGGGGCAGGAGAGGAUGGAGACAAGGGUGAGGUCGGGGAUCCCGGCUCCAAGGGGACCAAAGGCACCAAAGGAGAGCACGGACCCCCGGGCCCUCCUGGACCCAUUGGAGCCGUCGGCCAACCCGGAGCAGCCGGAGCUGAUGGGGAGCCGGGGGCCCGAGGACCUCAGGGCCACUUUGGAGCCAAAGGGGACGAGGGGACGCGGGGCUUCAAUGGAGCCCCAGGCCCCAUUGGGCUGCAGGGGCUGCCGGGUCCUGCUGGUGAGAAGGGGGAGACAGGCGAUGUGGGGCCCAUGGGCCCCCCCGGACCCCCAGGUCCUCGUGGUCCAGCCGGAGCCUCCGGAGCCGAUGGACCACAGGGAGCGCCGGGGGGCGUCGGGAAUGUGGGGCCCCAAGGGGAGAAGGGUGAUCCCGGCGAAUCGGGAGCUCCCGGAAUCCAAGGAGAGCCCGGGACCAAGGGCCCACGAGGCGAGCGUGGGGAGAAGGGAGAAGCCGGAGCCGCCGGAGCCGCCGGUCCUCCCGGUGGGAGAGGUCCCGUUGGAGACGAUGGAGCCAAAGGGAAUCCCGGGCCCGUUGGCUUCCCAGGAGAUCCCGGCCCUCCCGGAGAGAUGGGGCCAAGGGGGCAGGACGGUGCCAAAGGGGAGCGGGGUGAGGAUGGAGAACCCGGAGAGCCGGGAUCCCCAGGCCCGACAGGAGAGAACGGUCCCCCCGGGCCCCUCGGGAAGCGGGGCCCGGCCGGUUCUCCCGGCCCCGAAGGACGUCAGGGCGAGAAGGGAGCCAAGGGAGAAGCGGGAGCAAGCGGAGCUCCGGGCAAGACGGGGCCUGUGGGGCCACAAGGACUUGGGGGGAAGCAAGGCCCCGAUGGGCUCCGAGGGCUCCCAGGAUCUGUGGGCGAGCAAGGAAAACCGGGAAGCGCGGGACCGGCCGGACCCCCAGGUCCAAUGGGUCCCCCAGGGCUCCCCGGCCUCCGAGGGGACACCGGAGCCAAAGGAGAGAAGGGCCACCCUGGUCUCAUCGGCUUGAUAGGGCCACCUGGAGAACAGGGCGACAAAGGGGACCGGGGCCUCCCUGGGCCCCACGGAUCUAUGGGGCAGAAAGGAGAAACUGGCAUCCCUGGUGCUACCGGACCCAUUGGCCCCACUGGUCCCCCUGGCCUCCCUGGCCCAUCUGGUCCCAAAGGAGCCAAAGGAGCCAUGGGCCAAGCAGGACCCAAAGGGGAGCGUGGACCUCCAGGACCCCCCGGCCACCCGGGCCCCCCAGGAGAAGUCAUCCAACCCCUUCCCAUCCAAGCAUCCAAGAAGUCCAAGCGCUCCAUUGACGCCAGCGAGCUCCUGGAGGAGGGAGAGGAAGAGGAAGAGGAGGAGGAAGAGGAAGGGAAGCAAGGCCGGGGCAUGGAGGAGCUCUUGGGAUCCCUGCAUUCCCUAAAGCAGGAAGUGGAGGCCUUGAGGCGCCCCAUGGGGAGCAGGGAGAACCCGGCCCGCACGUGCCAGGACCUACAGCUGAGCCACCCGGGGCUCCCCGACGGCCUCUAUUGGGUGGAUCCCAACCAAGGAUGCUCCCGCGACGCCUUCCGGGCCCGGUGCCGCUUCCGCAUGGGAGCCGAGACCUGCGUCUUCCCAAGGCAGGCGGUGAGUUAUGGGCUCUCCUAUGUGGAUGCGGAUGGGCACGGGCUCGGCGUGGUGCAGGUGACCUUCCUAAGGCUCCUCAGCAUCGGCGCGCAGCAGAACGUCACCGUGCGGUGUACCGGGAACACCGGGAUCAACACCGGGAUCAACACCGGGACCAACACCGGGAUCAACACCGGGAUCAACACCGGGAAUGGGAUCCGCUUCCUGGCCGCCAAUGAGGAGGAGCUGGCGGGUACCGGCCCCUACGUCAAGGUGCUGAUGGAUGGAUGUGGGGUGCAGUCGAGCUCCGGGCGCUCGGUGCUGGAGGUUCUCACCCCACACCCGGAGCAUCUCCCACUCCGGGAUGUCCUGGGCAUGGCACGAGGAGGCCUUGAGGUGGGGCCGGCCUGCUUCCGGGGCUGA